AUGAAAGAUCUCGAGGAGUUCCAAGAACGUUAUUACGGCUGGGCGCUGAAAAAAGUGGUUAAUCUGGGUGUUAACAUCAACAAGUUUACUCCUCAGAUUGGCUCUUCCUACAUUGAGUUGCCACCUCAGAUCCGAAAGAAGCAUGCAUGUAUCAAUGUUAAGAAUGAUGACCAAGCUUGCUUCGCCUGGGCUGUCGUUUCUGCUCUGUAUCCAGCGCAAUAUGAUCUAAAUAAACUGUCAUCUUAUCACCACUAUUCAACGGUAUUAAAGCUGAAAGGUAUCCAGUUCCCUAUAACUUUGAAGCAGAUCCCCAACUUUGAGAAGCAGAAUAACGUUUCCAUCAAUGUUUACAUCUUUCAAAAGAAAUGUAAAACGUUCAUUACCCUACCUACAUAUCUCACAAUGGCAAAGAAAGAUAGACAUGUGAACUUACCGCUGAUUCCAGACAAUUAUGAUGAAUCUGAAACUGCAGUCCGCUAUCACUACGUAUGGAUAAUGAACUUAUCAAGGCUCUUAUCGAAACAGUUGAGUAAGGAACAUGGUCAAAAGUACUUUUGUGAUCGCUGCUUACAUUACUUUCGACUUCAAGAGAAAUUACAGAAACAUACUGAGGAUUGCCAGAAAAUCAAUGAAACAGCCAUCAAGAUGCCCGAGGAGGGUAAAAACAUUCUCAAGUUCAAAAACCAUAAAAAUAAAGAAAAGACUCCAUUCGUCGUACACGCUGACUUGGAAUCUAUUCUGAAGCCUACUGAUGAUCCUAAAAAACUUCAACAUCAUAUUCCGGUAGCUGUGGGUUACUACUUGAAGUGCUCAUACGAUGACACUCUAUCCUUCUAUAGGGCAUAUCGUGGAGAGGAUUGUACGCAAUGGUUCGCUGAUGAGGUGAGUCAACUAGCUGAAGAUAUGACUACAGUGUUUUGGUGUCCAUUCGACAUCGAUAUGACUGCAGAGCAAGAAGUUGAGUUUCGAAGAGCUACACACUGCCACAUCUGCGAAGAGCCCUUCACUCCCGAAGAUAAAAAAAUAAGCGACCAUAACCAUCUCAUACCGUGUGAUAAUUAUCGUGGCCCCGCGCACGAAGGGUGUGAUAUAAACUAUGAGGACUCUCAUUCUGUUCCUGUUGUUUUUCAUAACUUGAGUGGAUAUGACGCACACUUCAUCGUUGGAGACAUCGCUACAAGAAUGGCUGGAAAGGUUGAUCUACUCCCGAUAGCCAAAGAAAAGUAUAUUUCCUUCACAAAACAUGUUGACGUGUUUGCAAUUCAAUUCAUAUCCAUCGACUCGUUUCGUUUUAUGGCUUCUUCAUUGGAUAAAUUAGCAUCGUAUCUUCCAGAGUUCCCCAAUCCAAAGUCGCAGUUGGCCGAUGCUCCUAUGGAACACUUCAAUCUUUUAACGAAGAAAGGAGUUAUGCCAUAUGAUUAUAUAGAUUCGUUUAGUCGAUUCAAUGAACCAGCUUUACCAUCUCAGGAUGAUUUUAAUAUUAAACUAGAAAAUAAGCCGUGCCGCCGACGUUUUUAUCAACGAGCUCAGGAUGUAUGGACCACCUUCAACUGCCAGAAUCUAGGUGAUUAUGUGGACUUAUAUAUGAAGACUGAUAUUCUCCUGCUAGCUGAUGUUUUCGAAAUGUUCAGAACCUGCAUCCUCAACUCACAUAAACUUGAUCCUGCACAUUAUUUCACGUUACCCGGCUACACGUGGGAUGCUAUGCUGAAGUAUAUAGGGAUUGAGUUGGAACUUCUCACCGAUGUUGAUAUGUUCCUCUUUGUUGAGCGUGGAAUACGAGGGGGACUCAGCCAAGUUUGCUCAAAAAGGAGAUCGCAUGCAAAUAACAAGUACAUCAACAAUCACGAUCCUUCCAAACCCACAACAUUCAUGAUGUACUAUGAUGUCAACAAUCAGUAUGGGUGGGCAAUGAGCCAAUAUCUUCCACACGGAGACUUUGAGAGGACAGAUUCCAACAUAGACAUCACUCAGAUUCCUGAUGAUGCUGAUGAAGGAUACAUUCUGGAAAUGGACUUGGAAUAUCCCCAGUAUUUGCAUGACAAACAUAAAAUCUACCAUUUUGCCCGGAACAUAUAUGUCCUAAGACAAGAAAACCUCCAGUAA